UCCGGGAGGAGUGACGGCAGCGGAGGCCGUGAGGGAAGAUGGCGGAGGCGGCGGCGGUGCAGCAGCACCGGUUCUUCUGCCACAGCUGCAAGGGCGAGGUCAGCCCCAAGCUGCCGGAAUACACCUGCCCUCGUUGUGAGUCUGGUUUCAUCGAGGAAGUCACUGAUGAUUCCAGUUUUUUUGACAGCAAUUCCCUGGACGACAGCCCCUCCUCACAGUUCUCAGAGCUUUGGGACCACCUGGAUCACACCAUGUUCUUCCCGGAUUUCCGACCCUUCCUGAGCAGCAGCUCCCUGGAUGCCGAGAGCAGGGAUGCGGAGAGGGGUCCCCCAGCGGAGCUCUGGGGUCCCGGGCGGCCGCCGCGGCUGCCGAUGCCUCGCAGGUACCGGUCCCGGGGCAGCUCCCGCCCGGAUCGCUCGCCGGCCAUCGAGGGGAUAAUCCAGCAGAUCUUUGCUGGCUUUUUUGCCAACUCAGCCCUUCCUGGCUCCCAACACCCCUUUUCCUGGAGUGGGAUGCUGCACUCCAGCCCCGGCGAUUACGCGUGGGGACAGAGCGGCCUCGACGCCAUCGUCACCCAGCUCCUGGGGCAGCUGGAGAACACGGGACCACCUCCAGCAGACAAGGAGAAGAUCUCCUCGCUGCCAACAGUGCCGGUGACGCAGGAACAAGUCGACACAGGCCUGGAGUGCCCGGUGUGCAAGGAGGAUUACGCCGUGGCCGAGCAGGUCCGGCAGCUCCCCUGCAACCACGUCUUCCACAGCAGCUGCAUCGUGCCCUGGCUGGAGCUGCACGACACGUGUCCCGUCUGCAGGAAAAGCCUCAAGGGGGAAGAUCCCACCCGGCAAAUCCCCAAUCCCGACGCUCCCGCCAGCCCCGUGCAGGAGAGAUGGACUUUCUGACCCUUCCGAGGAAUUCUGCCACCUUCCAGAAACUUCCAGAGGCCAAGAGCAUCCCAGCUGGACGGGGACAUUGAGAAUUCCAACAAAAUUCCAACAAAAUUCCAUCAAAAUUCCAACAAAAUUCCAUCAAAAUUCCAACAAAAUUCCAACAAAAUUCCAACCAACCCCCCCUGAAUAGCAGCAAUGAGGGGCUCUCCUCCCCCAGGAAUUUUUUCCUUCUUCUCCAUGGAAUUGUCUAAAUUUGGGGAUUUUUUUUGUUGUUUUGGGAGUGAUUUGAUUUCAUUUUUGUAUUAUAAAUGGUUGGGAUUUUUUUUUUUGUUUUGUUUUUUUUUUCCAGUUGGGAAGAGUGAGAGGUUCCACAUUUCCCUCGUAACCUCCUCUGGAAAAAAAAAAAAAACCAAAAAAAACCAAAAAAUUCGAGAUAAAAAUUGAUUUUUUGGGGAUUUUCUUGCACUUCCAGGAGAUUGAAAUCACAACCACGAGAUGAUUUUUUUUUUAAUUAUUUUUAUUUUCACCUUAUUUGGGUUGGAAUCUUUGGAGGCUCCAUAAAAUCAUGACAGGUGGAAGAAGGAAAAUUCUGGAAUUUUUCCCUUAUUGGGGGGGGUUGGAGUGGGAAUGCUCUGAGCAGGAUUUUCUCUCAUCCUUGGACUCUUUUUUGGGGUUUUUUUUGGGGUUUUUUCAGACUUUUCCACGUUACCUGUUGACCCCAGGUGUGUCCAAAGCUCCUCUGUUCCCCACAAAUCAUUCCAGGCAGGAAUUCUGGACCUCUCCCUUGGAAUCCCCCCAGAAUUGAAGGAAAAUCUUGAUUUUUUCCUCAUUAUUUCGUUGUUUUGGGUUAUUUUUUUGGUUUUUUUUCCCUCAUUCCCUCUGACUUUUUUUUUUUUCCAGGUCUGAAUCCCCAGGAGUUUUCCUCGUGGUAUCCUGGGUUUAUAAAUUUAUAAAUUUAUCCCACUGGGUUUUAGAAAUUUAUGAAUUUAGCUUUGGGUUUUUAAGUUUCUUCCUGGGUUUAUAAAUGUAUGAAUUUAUCCCUAAAUUUAUAAAUUUAUCCCUUGGCUAUUAAAA